GUCCCACCGAACCUCACCUUACACUACUGGUAGUCUUUCAAAGCGGUACUUCCACCGUGCAUAUUACCCCAUCGACACUAUGGGACAAAAGCGAAAGCGUCAGAAGCUGUCCAGCGGGGGCGACGAAGCCGACAAGGUCCCUGAAGAGCAGCAGGAACUAUCGCAUGCGAAAUCCACCCUUCCAACUGAAGAAGCCGCUCCCCAUGCAGUUCGAAGCAUUUUUGUGCGGUCACUCCAUCCGAACACGACUUCCGACGACCUUACGAAUCAUUUUUCGUUCCAUUAUCCCGUGAAACAUGCUGUUGCGGUACUCGACACCGUCUCCAAGAAAUGCAGAGGGUAUGGGUUUGUAACCUUGACCGACGCCGAGGAUGCCGUCGCAGCCAAGGAGAAGCUGGACGGGACGACGAUCCAUGGCAAAAAGAUCAAAACGGAUGUUGCUGAGCCACGGCAGCGCAAUGAAGAACGCACGUCAGCCAAACCCAAGCGAGAACCAGUCUCAACACAGCGACCGGUAGUGGAAAAAGCCGAGCUGCCCCCAACGAAGUUGAUCGUACGAAAUCUACCAUGGACAAUCGACACUGCGGAGAAGCUGUCGUCUCUAUUCAGGAGCUACGGAAAAGUCAACUACGCUAUCAUUCCAAAGGACAAGAACGGUGUGAUGCGUGGCUUUGGUAUCGUCAUUGUUCGGGGACGACGAAAUGCGGAGAAAGCCAUCGCUGGGUUGAACGAGAAGGAAAUCGAAGGCCGUACGAUCGCGGUCGACUGGUCGGUGGGCCGAGAAGAGUGGCAGAAAGCGACGAACGACGGUGACGAGGGACAGGAAGCGUUGCCCACCACUACACAGCAGAAUUUGGUUACCGAAGACGAUGAAGAUGUUACAUCAGAACCAAACCAGAGUGACGAUACUAAUAGUAGUGCUGAAGACGAUGGUUCAGGCAGUGACACCGAGGAGGACGAACCCGAGCACAAGCCUGCUGAGAAUUUGACAUCGACACUGUUCGUGCGAAAUAUCCCCUUUACCGCUACCGACGAGACAUUAUUCGAGCACUUCAGCCAAUUUGGGAAAUUGAAGUUUGCUCGGGUUGUGUUAGAUCCUGCAACGGAGCGACCUCGCGGCACAGGUUUUGUACGAUUCGUCAAUGAAUCUGAUGCCACGGACUGUCUCAAGCAAUCGCCGAAGCAGACCCAGGCCGCGGGUCCAGGGUCAAGAACCAACGUGUCCAUCCUACAAAACGAAGAAUUGGACCCCUCGGGAAAAUUCACAUUUGACACCCGCAUCCUUCAAGUCUCUCGAGCGGUCGAUCGAAACGAGGCAUCCCGACUAGCCGAGGAAAGUUUGAACAAACGGAAUCACCGCGAUAGGGACAAGCGACGCCUUUACCUCCUCGGCGAAGGAGCCAUCCAGUCCAGUUCUCCGUUCUACAAGGAGCUUUCGCAGACCGACAUUUCAAUGCGCGAAGCGAGCGCGAAACAGCGCAAGAAGCUUUUAGAUUCCAAUCCAUCCCUUUUCCUCAGUCUAACUAGGCUCUCGGUCCGCAAUAUUCCUCGGAAUGUCAAUUCCAGUGAUCUCAAGACCCUGGCUCGCCAAGCUGUCGUUGGCUUUGCCAAAGACGUGAAAGAGGACCUGCGUGAGAGGCUGUCCAAAGAAGAGCUGGCCCGCGGUGGCGAGGAGAUGAAGCAAGCGGAGCAGAAUCGCAAGGCAAAGGGGACGGGUAUUGUGAAGCAAGCGAAAAUUGAGUUCGAAAGCAGCGAAGGCGCCAAAACCAGAGAGGAGAGCGGGGGAAAGAGCCGUGGCUAUGGGUUCAUCGAGUACCACACCCAUCGCUCAGCAUUGAUGGGACUGCGGUGGUUGAAUGGUCGCUUAGCGGGUGGUGGCGCGAAAGGCGGUUCAGGGGAGCCGAAAAAGCGCCUCAUUGUAGAGUUUGCCAUUGAAAACGCUCAGGUCGUCGCCAGGCGGCGGACGAGGGAGGAGCAGUCUAAACAGGCCACAUCUUCGAACAGUGAGAAGACCGACGGACCCCAGAAUGGCACGAUCGGUGCUGGGGUAGAUUCUGGGAGCGGCAAGCAACUAGACAAAGCCACUCAGGAUGCCACUCAAGAUGAAGACCUCGCAAAGCGGCAAAGGAUUAUUGCAAGGAAGAGAAACCAAAGACGGCAACGGAAAGGUGGAAAGCCCUAGUCAUCUAGUCAAAUAUAGUGUGAUCAAAGUGAUGACUAGUAUACAUUCUCCUGUGAACGAAGGCGUCUCACGGCAUAAUAGAACUUUUAUUCA